UUUACACGAGAUGGCCAAGACUUUGAUGCCUUUGUUUUUUGCAGUCUCCUUCUUGCUCAUUUUAUGCGAUGUGGUUACAGUAGAAACAUGUCAACAAACAUGUCAAACUAGAGAAGAUUGUAACCUAUCAUGUGAAUCUGGGUUUGCAACUUGUGUUGAUGGGAUGUGCGUAUGUUUAGCUGACCUCAAGACAUAUUCUGCCGGUCAUACAGAUGUGGUGACAACAGAAACAUGUGAGUGUAGAGAAGAUUGUCAAAUAGCAUGUGACUCUGGGAUUCCAACUUGUGUUGAUGGAAAUUGCGUAUGUUUAAUUCUCAAGACAUAUUCCACCAAUAAUAAAGAUGUGGUGACGGGAAAGAUUAUGUGUAAGACUACAUUAGACUGUCGUCGUGAUCUGAAAUGUAAAGUUGGGUUUUCAAUUUGUGUUGAAGGGGUAUGCAUUUGUAGUGAUCAACUCGGGUCAAUACUCCAUUAAUCACGAAGUAUUACAAGUCUUCGUUGUUAUUACAAAUAUAGAAUUCCUUAU